AUGCGGACUGAUGGCCACGCGGUCGAGAACCUCCACAAGAGCGCCAGCUGCCAAGGAGGGGGACGCGACGGAGAAGCCAUCACCCUCUCCGCGGGCCUCACCGUGCCCAGCCUGGGCGCCGCGAAGACGCCGCCGAUGCCCGCGGCCCAGCCACUCUCCGCAAGUGUGCUGAUAACAUUCGCCGUAAGGAUGGUGAGCUGCCUCGAGGUUCUGCUGCCCCAGCGUUGCGGGUACGCGCAGCGGGCCGGUGCGGAUCUUCUUGAGCGCCUGCCCGACCAGCUGCAUAGCUCGAUGCUUGACGGCUCCAGUGCUGUCACCAUCGAGGUCCAUGUCAUCGUAGUCACCGAUGCCUCCACGGGCGCUGCUGGCGGUGGGCGGGGGGACCUGGGCCUGCGCGGCCUCCGCCCGGAGUCCCCGCUGGGCGAGGCGGAGCUCUUUGGCCGUGGCUGCGAUCUUGGCCUCGAGCUCGGUGGCCCCGAGCUGCUGAGCGCGCUGGAGCACGGUCGCCUGCACCCCGCCGCCUCCAGCGGCUUCGGCGCUCGGGCCGCGGGCCGCGCCAGUUUCGGGCACGCGCUGCGCGAGCGCGCCGCCCGGGCCGCGCUGCUGUCCGCGGCGCUGCUGCUGGCGGCCGGCGGGGGCCCCGCGGCCUGGGCGCUGAGGCAGCCGCCGGCGCGACGACCGCCCGCGCGAGCGCUGGCGAGCAGGUCUGCCGAGCGCCUGGAGGCUUCCGAAGACCGCGCCGGCCGGGGCCGCCCGCACGCGGCCGCGGCGGUGGCGGCACGCGCGCUGCCGGGCCUGGCGGGGGUGGCCGCGGGGCUGCUGUGCGCGGUGGGCCCUGCGCUGGCCGAGGGCGGCGUCGAGCCGCCCUCGCCCGCGGUGGCCGUGCUCGCCGGCGCUCUGCUGCUCGCGGGCGCGGCGGCAGCGGACUCGCCAGGCGGGGAGAAGCAGACGAAGGCCGAGAGCCCAGAGCCCGAGAGGGAACCGAAGGAGAAAGUGGCGCCCGUCGUGGAGACGCAGAAGGGGGAGCCCGCGAAGCAGGAGGCCACCCGGGCGCCUCGCGUGGAUCAGCAUCGCGGCCCCCCUCGCCCCGCUCCCUCCUCCUUCCGCCCUCUGGUCCCCGCGUGCUUCUCCCCGCCGCCUCCACGCCCAGGAAGGCUCGAGGGAGCCAGGCCCUGGAGCAGCCCUUCUCACACGCGGGCGCCUAGGGUGCCACUUGGCUGCCUGCUCUCUCUCUCUCUUUUCACGCUUCUUGUGGCCGUCUGGGCACGAGUGCGGAUGCGCAACGCCCUUUCUCGGCUCGCGCUCGGGCGGCCGGAGGAGGAGGAUCAGGAACAACAGGGGAGGAGGAGGAGGAGGAGGAGGAGGCCCCUGGUAGCCAUGGCCGCGCCCCCCGACGCCGCGACUUCGGAGUGCCAGGGCGAGGUAGAGGUAUCGGCGCCUGGCCUUCUCGUCGAGGGCGGCUCCGACGAGCUCGUCGCGGCGAGCGUGGCGGGCCCCUACGAGCCAUCUGGUUGGCACGAGGGCAGGCGCGUCUACUCGAGGGCGGCAACGGACCGCGCUGCCGGGGAGAAACGCUCUCUCGACCAUGCGGGUCUACUUCUGGGAGGACAGUGAGCCGUCGUACCGCGGCUGGUGGCAGAGGUUGGAGGACAGCAGGUCGUGUGCUACCACAGCUCGGACGCCCAGGAGUCGCCCCCAUUGAGGAGAGCCCCUUUCCUUCGUGGCGACUUGCUAAGUACCCCUCCGCCCGGCGACGGCCGGCCUUCGGUCCCAAAGGGUGCCGCGCCCCCCCCGCGGCGCGAGCGCGCGCGGGCGCGCGCGGGCGCAUAGGAGAGCGGGCGCGCCGCGCGCCACGGCCAUAGCUGAAGGGGGACCGGAGGAGAAGGGAG